AGGGACAUUAAUGUCAACACCACCAGAUAGAUCCUGGCCUGGCCUGUUGACAGUCACAGUCUUUGAAAAGCACACAUUACGAUGGACGAGCCACCUCGAAAACGCCGCAAGGCAUCGUCUCCACUGCAAGCGCCGUCAAGUCCGCUUCGAAAGCCCCCACGACGACCUUCGUUUGCGUCGCCUACCAAGGCCAGUCUUGCGCGCAACUAUCCUAAUCUACUCCCGACUCGCACGCCGCCCCGCGAUGAUAUCUACGCACGAACAAAGCAGGCCGGCGCGUCCAUACUUGAUGAACACAGCGAUUCACCCGCAGACGGAGUUGAAGAAGUAGAGCUUUCAGCAUCCAAAGCACCUGAAGCACACAAAGGCCCAAAUCGUGACACACUAUUCGCUUCGCCCAGCAAACGUCCACCGCAUGGAUCCGGGGCUGUUUCACGUUCUCCGCUGAAGGAUGCACCUGCGCUGCAGCAAAACCAGCUCACUAGGCCUGUAGAAGAUACUUCGGACGCAGAUGUUCAGGACGAGAAAACCGAGAAGAGUUAUCUGGAUCCUACAAUCGAGCAAAGAAAACGAGAGAAAGCACGACUACAGCGUGAGGUCGAAGAGCUGGAAGCACAGGUGUCGAGAUGUACGAAAGAGAUUAUGGCCGAACAACAACGUGCAGCUGACGACACCCUGCUUCCUGCCCAGCGUACAGAUCUUGUCAAGUUUGUCGCAAAGAUUAGUGGCGCAGAUCCCCAAGAUGAACGGCCAACACCAGUCUCUAGCCUUAUUUGCUCCUUCUUACCGUUUACAAAUCUGAGUGUAUCUGCUCCCAAACAAAAGCAACCAGAGAAGCCGAUCGCAUCACAUCGACCUGUACAACUCAAGGAACCAUUGCCUUACCUCGAGAUGUUCACGUCCCUUAAUUUCUCUAAGCAACUUGGCUUGCCCCGAGGCAAAGUCCUCCCUUCCUCGAAACGCAUACACCAGAAACACACAAUCAAUAUCAGCAGCCCCCAAAUGAUUUUGACUGCACAAGUCGCUGUCAACAUCGACUGUCUGACCAACAAGGUCAUCGACAUGCAUCUCCUCCGCCUAACUUCAUGGGCUGAGCGAGAGUUGGGUACCUUUAUGCGUGCAAGAGCAAAAGAGAAUGAUCUCGGCAAUGCAUGCUGGGCUGUCGACUCGUUUUGGGAUGUUGCGACAAAGCGUGCGCAGUACUGGCAUAGGUGCGAAAAGGCAUUCGCUCGACUGCUACCAGGGCGCACGGGUGCUGAUGCUGAGAACGUGGUGAACACAGAGACGAAGUCUUCGAUACUCUCGCGGAAAGACCUAAGUCGCCAUCUGGGGCGCGACGUGUUGAUUCUACAGGACAAGCACGUCUUGCUCAAGAUCAACUGGCGCAUUGUAUUUGAUUGGACCGGCGAAGCAGAGUCGAACGUAAACGUGGAAUGCGCUGUGCCUGCUGUGUGGAAUGAAGCCGAUGCAAGUGAUACGUUCCAGAAGGUACCAGAGACGUUUGACUCACUUCUGCGGAUGAAGGGUACGUUUGAGGCUACGAAAAUCAUGGUCACACUGCUGUUUUCGCAGUGAACGGCACGGGUGAUGUCUUCUGUAUAGUGCAUUCCGAGAUACCCAGUUCGAAUUUUCAUCGCUAGCAAGGAGCUGCUGCUCAUAGUCAUCAACAUCUCCUUGCAUUUGAUCUGAUGCUUCGACGUGUACUAAGCCCAUCGUCUCUCCUUGCUCGCAGACGAAGUUGAGCUUGCACCGUCAUUAGGACGAGAU